AUGGUAUUCACAAUUGGGAUAAGUGAAGAGCUAGUUGCACCAAAGAAAGACAUAGGAGAGGCAGAAAAAACAACGACGAACGGCGAGAAGAAUCGCGAGAUGACUCCAGAAAAGGAAAGCCAAGCCGAAAUAAAGCAAAGCGAAAAGGAGAAAAAGGGGAAAACGGCUGAAGAAAACGAGGUAACAAAAAAUGAGAAAGAAACCCCCGCCAUCAAGGAAAAACGAACCCCACGAGGAGGAGCAAAAACGAACACUAAUAAACGCAAAAAAUUAUCGAUACAAGAAGCCGAAGAGAGCGUUGAAUUACAUGAUUCUCUAAAUAAGGAAGGAAAGGCUUGCGAAGAAGAAGAGAUGAAACGAUUAAAGAAAGAACUCUAUGAAGAAAGACGAAAGAAGGAAGAUUUUGUGAGGGAGCGCAUAAGGUUGGAAAGGCAAAAUGCGAAACUUGUUAUUAAGAACAAUCAUCUAAAAAGGAAGCAAGCAGAAGGUAAUGCACAACAAGGAAAAUAUGCUCCAGAAAGGGCGUUAGCAAUUAAAGGACGUCGCGAAUACCGGCGAGAAAACAAGGGACGGGGAGAACAAAAUAAACGGGAAGACCUAAAAAGAGCCAUAGAAAAUAGCAGAUGGGAAUUCCGAGAAAGAGAGUACCUAAUUCAGCAAUCAAUGAUGGACGGUGAGAAAAGAAACAAUAUCCAAAUGACGAAAAAGACAACCGGACUGCAGCCAGAAAUGAUGAACAAAUGUGCGAAAAACAAACCAUGCAAACCGGAGAUAGCGUCACUAUUCUCGUUAAAGAAAAGGGAAAAUGAAAGUUUACGAAGUCUGGUGGCGAGAUGGGACGUAAUUUUUGAGGAACUCAGAGGAAGAUUUAGUGCGCUCGUUCAUCUAUGA